AUGAUGGACUACCAUGGCCUCAGUAACAUGUGGCCUCGGGAGCUUUUCUCGAGAGCCACGGCUCUGGGGGAAGAGCAGUACCUCGAGGUCAUCAAGCUGCAGGAGGAGCUGAAGUUCCAUUUCUAUUACACCGGGCUAGACCCCCUCGACGGCACUGACGAUCCGAAGGAGUUUCUGUGCUUGGUGGUAUAUAGCAAGAGUAACUGGCCUGGCGUGAAGAAAGGCCUGAAACAAAUAGGUGUUGACAUCGAUGCUUCACCAGAGGAGAAGGUGGACCAGGAGACCGAGGACCUAGCCAUACAGAUGAUGCUGCGAGCAUCAGAUGCUUGGAUAACGUAUUGCGACCCGUGGAUGAAGCGGGAGUUCACAGAUGAUUCCGCCGUUCUUCAGAAAGGCAAAGUUUACAGAUUCCGUGAGGAUGGGCUUAAGGAGAAGCUCGGGCUUUAG